AUGUCACAGACUCAAACAGCUGAAGCGCAAGAAUCAAACGCUUGGGACGCGAAACCGGACCUGUCGGACGAAGAACCGACCAUAGCCCCCCGAGGUGGGCGCAAGCCCCCGAAGCUCCAACGAGCCAUGCAAAAAAGGCAGGCAAGUGACAGCACCCAGUCUAUCGCCGCGGAAGACGAAGCUAUGCCUCCCCCACGCACCGUUGGGAGAAGAAUCGUCCCGGUGCAUCAAUCCCGAAUCCAGGAUCGACCGGCGAAAGUGGGCGAGAAGGACAGCAGUCUGAAGAUCAAGAUUGAACUAGAUCUGGAAGUCGAGGUAGAAAUCUACGCCAGAGUCAAAGGAGACGUUACGAUCGGGUUGAUGUAA